ACUGUCUCUUAGUCUCCAGUUGGAUUAAUCGCAUGGCUAUUCGUUAUUUCUUUAGCCAAAAGUUAUUUUGAUUCUUUCUGAGUUCUGACACAGAUUUUGUCAGAGAGAUAAUAGAGGACCAGUGUAGUGGUAAACUCGGUUAUGAUGUUGCAUUUAUUGAGGUCCUGAGCUACAAACAAAAAAGGGUAAGGGAGAGAAAACCAGAAGAAAACAGAGCAAGCCCACAAAAUUACAAACAAGUAUUCAAAAAGUUUGUGCCUCUGUGAGGAGACAUGGCAGCUUCAGACUGGGCAGUGGAGUGUUUACGUCCCUUUGUUCAGUCCAGUAUGUGGGACUAUUGCAUCGUUUGGCAAUUUGGUGUUGACCCUUCCAGUUUUAUGCAAUGGAGAGGUUGCUGUUGUCGUGGAGGAAAUGAUGAGGAGUUUGUUAAUGUAAAAACGGAAAGUGGGAGUGUUGAUCAUUCAUUAAAUUCUCGGUGCAGAGAUGAAUACGCUGAGCAUCCUAUAAGAACCAAGGCUUGUGAGAAGCUCUGCAAGUUGCCUUCUUCUUUACCUUUGUAUUCCGGGAUCCGCGGAGAGGUUGUCUUAUCAAAUCAACCAAGGUGGCUAGUGGAAGACGCCCGCGGCGCCAAUUCAGUUGAAGGACUUGAAUCUCAAGUAUUGGUACCAGUUGAAGGUGGAUUAGUUGAACUCUGUAGUACCAAGAAGGUUCCAGCUGAUCAUCAGAUAAUCAACUUCAUAUUGGCUCUGUUCGGUUGUGUUAAACAAGAAACAAUGGCUGGAGAACCACAUUACAAACAGUUUCUUGAUGAAGGCUUUCCUAACUUUCCAGAAACUAUGGUUAAAGCUGAUUCUACCUCCACACUACAGCUUCCGGUUCCUGUUUCCAAUUUGGGAUUUUAUCCUAGCUUUGAAGGAUCUUUUGCCUGUUCCAACAUUUCGAAGGAUUGCCAGUUGCUUACUUUAGGUCCAGGUCCUGCAUCUUGUCAGACCUCACCUGAAGAGUCAAGUGCAACAUAUCCAAGAAAGUUGAAUUCAAUAACAAGGAGAAAUCCAAGAUGUCCUGGUGUUGCUGGGAAUGAGGGUCCAAAAUCUAAAAAGAGGAAAGAUGAGGGAAACUAUAAAUCGAAGAAUCUCGUUACAGAGAGGAAACGCAGGCAGAAGAUAAAAACUGGAAUAUUCAGGCUGCGUUCACUGGUUCCCAAUAUUUCCAAGAUGGAUAUUUCCGCAACAUUAGGGGAUGCAUAUGACUACAUCCAAGAGCUGCAAAUGACUGAGAAAAUGUACAAAGAAGAACUUAAAAUUUUGACAGAGGAGUGCAAUGAGUACGAGGCAGAGCAGGAAGUCCCCAAGUUGAAUGCAAAACUCAAUGCAGCUGGAGAUCGCCCUACUUGCGAGCGUGAUUCAUGCACUGAUUAUGAGGAUCAAGCAAAGGAAGGAAUUGCAGUAAGCCAGCUUGAUGCAAGUGACUUCUUAGUAGAAAUCAUUAGUAGAAAAAGGCAUGGUGGUUUUUCACGGUUAAUGCAGGCGCUGGAUUCCUAUGGACUUCAGGUGAUUGAUGCUAAUGUUACAACUUUGAAUGGGCUGGUCCGCAGCAUUUUCAAAGUUCAGGCUUCCAGCAAGGAAAUCCAUCCGGAGAAUCUAAAGGGUUCUUUAAUGGAACUUCUGUCUCAAGAUGUUUAAGAGGAAACUGGAGGCAAGAGAAACAACUGAGAAUCGAGAAGACAAAACAGGAACCAGAACAACACUUCAUUCCUGUUUUGUAUCCUGAUAUUGUGCAUUUUCCUCUCUGGUUACUAUAAAAGCCAAAAGAAAAAAAAAGGCAAGCUCCCACUGAAACUUCAUUACGCUCACACACGUAUCUCCUUCAAGAAGGGCAAUGUAGAACUGUAGAGUUAUUUUCUGUUUGCAAUCCUAUUAGAGUUCUCAUGUUUUCUGGUGUCUCCGAUUCUGGAUUCAUUUUUGGAGUUCAGUGCGGAACUUUGCUUUAUAUUGUUGCUUAUCUCUUGAAUCAUUAGAACAUUUGGCUACAGCUUCAUGCAUCAGCAUUCAGCAUUGUUCUUUUAUUGCUUGGAAAAACAACUCAAUACAUGCAACAAUUUAAGCUCAAAACAUGGCAUCUGAUUGAAGUAGUAGUAAAUUAACCAUCCAUCGGCUUUCAUUGACAAAAUUCAAUCUGCUAAAUAAUCUGUGUGUCUGGAAAAGAGACCAUUCAUUGUUGCUCAGAACUGAUCACAUAGAUGUCAAAUCUUCUGGCCAUCUAACCAGCGGGUAUAAAAUGCAGUGCUUCACACGGUUUGCACUCCAGGACAGCUCCCUGCAUCAGAACUCAAAAAGUAAUACUCCCUCCAUCCAAAAAAAAAUAGUCCACAUUGAGUUUUCAAAUUUAUACUAAAAACAGUAUAAAACUCAAAACUCAAAGUGGACUAUUUUUUUGGGACGGUAUUUUUAUUAGGCAUUCAAAUGCAUUGGAUAUAGUGAUACAAUUUCAUUAUAAUUUGAAGAGCUUCAUUCAGUUUGAGAUUGAUUUAGCAUCUCCACCACUAAUGCAAUAACCUUGAUGGUGAGAAAUGUCAGAUUAUAAUAAUAAGCCUGCAAGUAUCUGCACAAAACACAGACACCAUUAUAGCUAUUUUCCACGAAAAAUGCCUUUGGCGUACAAAAAAGAAAUAAUGAAAAAUGUCUUUGACGUUGGUAACAAAUCAUUACUUACCUAAAUUGUCAAUUAACAGAAAUCUUCGUAACCACAAAUUGUUGAGAUAUGUGCUGAAUCAAUAAGAACUUACCCAGCAACCUUGAAGAACCCAGUUCAGGGCAACCAAUAUAUACAGUAUAGGUCAACAAGAAAUUCCCAAAAAUGAUUUAAACUGGAGACCAAACAAACAGAGUGGAGUUAGUCCGUAUCCAGCGUAAUGAUUAGAAGGUAAAGUGCC